UAAUAUGACACUAAUAUGACUUUCAAAGAAUAGACUUUGUUUCACAGUGCGAGUUUGUAUUAAGUUGGCAGCACUUCAACGCAAAGUCGCGCGUGUUUUCUGCAUUUGAAUAAGAAUUUUUGUCUUUAAAUUGGAAUAAAGAACCGUUAUUGCUUUGCUCAACACGUGCCGGAAGCGAAUAUGGAAGCCAAAACAAAAGCCACCCUUAUCCAUUGGUUUCGUAAGGGUCUGCGGGUUCAUGAUAAUCCCGCCUUGAUGCAAAUAUUCACCACAGCUCAAGCUGCCCCUAAAAAGUUCUAUGUGCGUCCAAUUUUCAUCCUAGAUCCAGGGAUUUUAGACUGGAUGCAAGUAGGAGCGAAUCGUUGGCGUUUCCUCCAGCAAACGCUUGACGAUUUGGAUAAGCAGCUAAGGCAAUUGAAUUCUCGCCUAUACGUUGUUAGGGGCAAACCCAUUGAGGUCUUUCCUCGAUUAUUCAAGAGUUGGAACGUAGAACUGUUGACCUUUGAGUCGGACAUCGAGCCAUAUGCCCAGACAAGAGAUGCUGCUGUACAGAAAAUAGCCAAGGCGGCGGGCAUUAAGGUGGAGACACAUUGCUCGCAUACUAUAUACAAUCCUGAGCUGGUGAUUGCCAAGAAUCUGGGCAAAGCUCCCAUUACGUAUCAAAAGUUUUUGGCAUUGGUCGAGAAAUUGAAGCUGGCCAAAGUGUUGGACAAGCCAGAGAAGCUGGAUGCUCUGACUCAACCGUCUCGAGAUGAAUUGGAGCAAGAAAAUGAUAAAGUCUACGAUUGUCCUAGCCAGGAGCAGUUGGUCAAGAAGCCCAACGAAUUGGGUCCAAAUAUAUUUCCGGGUGGAGAAACUGAGGGAUUGCGUCGCAUGGAGGAUUCCCUUAAUGAUGAACUUUGGGUGGCUCGUUUCGAGAAGCCCAACACUGCGCCCAAUUCCCUGGAGCCCAGUACAACAGUAUUGAGUCCGUAUCUUAAAUUUGGAUGCCUUAGCUCACGACUCUUUUAUCAACGUCUCAAAGAAAUUCUGGCCAAGCAUCCGAAACACUCUCAGCCCCCGGUUUCCCUAGUUGGCCAAGUACUUUGGCGGGAAUUCUAUUAUACUGUAGCAGCUGCCGAGCCAAACUUUGAUCGCAUGUUGGGUAACGUAUAUUGCCUGCAAAUCCCAUGGCAGGAGCACCCUGAACACUUGGAGGCCUGGACAUAUGGACGCACUGGUUAUCCAUUUAUUGAUGCCAUAAUGCGUCAAUUGCGGCAAGAGGGUUGGAUCCAUCAUUUGGCGCGACAUGCGGUUGCGUGUUUUCUUACACGUGGAGAUCUCUGGAUAUCAUGGGAGGAGGGUCAACGUGUGUUUGAGCAAUUGCUUUUGGAUCAGGAUUGGGCCUUGAAUGCCGGAAAUUGGAUGUGGCUAUCGGCUUCGGCAUUUUUCCAUCAAUACUUUCGUGUCUAUAGCCCGGUGGCAUUUGGCAAAAAAACUGAUCCUCAAGGGAAUUAUAUAAGAAAAUAUUGUCCCGAACUGGCCAAUUAUCCUAACAAACAAAUCUAUGAGCCCUGGUUGGCCACAUUACAGGCUCAACGGGAAUACGGUUGUGUUCUCGGUGAGGAUUAUCCCCAUCGCAUAGUUAAGCAUGAAUUGGUCCACAAGGAGAAUAUCAAAAAGAUGAGUGAGGCCUACAAAAUCAAUCGUGAAGUGAGGACGGGCAAACAAGAGGAUUCCAUGCUAAAUGACGACAACGACGAACUGGAGGAUGAUCGCUCAGCCACAGGAAAACGAAAGGGCAACAAAGCGGCUGGAGCCGCCAAACGCAGACGCAAAUGAACUCUUAAAGAAAUUUUUUGACAUAAAUUUUCUUGAGUUUUUCUUUCCUCCUUGGCCUUGGCUCAACUUCAUCGUCAAUAAUGUGGCCCAUUAUAAACGACUGGAAACCAAGUCGUGAGACCAAGGCGCAGCCAUUUCUUUUGCCCUGCCAUCGCAUAAAUCACCAACAAACAACCUUACUUGGCAUAAUCACGGAUAUCAUUUGACCAAAAAGCAUUGCAAAAACAAAAAAAAAAAACCAUAGAUUAUUAGCAUGAAUGAGAACAUUAACUUGAAUUGUUUUUUUUUUUUGGCUGUAAAUUCAACACAAAAACCAAAAAUGUGUUAAAGGGUUUAUAGUAUCAACAAUGUUUGAAAU